AUUCGUACUCCCCAUGACAUUGACAGAAACAGGUUUGCCGGCAGAGGGCGCUUCGCGGAUGACACAAGAGCUUCCGCUUUGUGCUGUGCAACUCUCUUUCUAUUCGAUCCGAGGAAACAACCAGCAGCAUGAGUUCCCUCAAGCUUCAGAAGAGGCUGGCAGCCUCGGUUAUGCGAUGCGGCAAGAAGAAGGUGUGGUUGGAUCCUAAUGAAAUCAACGAGAUUGGAAACACCAACUCGCGACAAAACAUUCGCAAACUGAUCAAGGAUGGUCUGAUCAUCAAGAAGCCGGUGGUGGUCCACUCGCGUUACCGUGUGCGCAAAAACACGAUCGCUCGCCGCAAGGGUCGCCACUGCGGUUAUGGUAAGCGAAAGGGUACGGCCAAUGCCCGUAUGCCCCAGAAGCUGCUCUGGAUGAACCGUAUGCGUGUGCUGCGUCGUCUGCUGAAGAAGUACCGUGAGGCGAAGAAAAUCGACCGUCACCUGUACCACGACCUGUACAUGCGUGCGAAGGGUAACGUGUUCAAGAACAAGCGUAUCCUGAUCGAGCACAUCCACAAGAGGAAGGCGGAGAAGGCCCGCUCCAAGAUGCUGAGCGAUCAGGCCGAAGCCAAGCGUACCAAGGUUCGUGAGGCCCGUCGUCGUCGCGAGGAACGUAUUGCCACCAAGCGCCAGGAGCUUCUGCAGACGAUCGCUAAGGAAGAGGAGACCGCGCAGCAUGUUGCCGCUACUGGAAAGAAAUAAAUCAUCCUUCCUCGCUCAGUAUAAGGCAUCUCGAGGAUUGUGAAAAUGUGAA